AUGCGGACAGCGAAUGCCAUUGCGAAGGAAAUGUGGGCGCCAUCGACGUGGCAGCAGCGCCUAUCGCUAGCGGGGCAGUUUGCAACGUUUUGCCGGGCCCACGGGAAAAGGAUGAACGAGGAGAGCGCCGUCGCAUUUAUUGCCGCGAAACAAGUAGCCCCGUCGACAAAGUUACAGUAUGCACGCAUGUUGAGGGCCAUGAUGAAUAUGGACAGAACGCCAUUGGACAUGAUGAUAAUGGGGUUACAGAAGAUUGCCGCACGCUCAGAGAUAAAACAAGCCAGACCGUUAUCGAAACAGGAAAUGGACACGAUUAUUCGGUCCCGGAUCGAUUGGAAGGAACAAACAGUGUUCCGCUUGGCGUGGAUAACGGCGAGCCGAUGGUCAGAAAUCGCUGCAUUGACAAAGAAAAACUUUCAACGGACAGAUGAUGGAUCUGUGAUCCUGGAUUGGGCGGUGGCUCCGAAGACAGCGAAAAUGGACCCUCACCGGGCGCCCCGCUUUAUCAAGACACAGGGCAAGGGCGCAUUUGCUCUAAUUCAAUUAUUGGCCACUCUACGUCCGGAAGAACAUCUCACGAGACUGACGACCGCCGACGUGGAACGUAUUCUGGCUCCAUAUGGGGCCACGGCUCACUCCACCAAGCGCGGUGCAUUGAGGCACGCGGCAGAGUUGGUCGACGUGCGCGGUAUGGAUCCGCACGUGAUCGCUCAACUCGCAAAACACGUGGAUCCGUUCGAUCUUCCACAGAACACGGCACGUUAUCUGGGACACCACACGACCUUGCUCACGAAGGUGUCGUCGGUGGUGGCAUUGAUGUGA